ACUUCCUCUGGCGCAAUUCAUCCAGAGGCUGCUGGAGGGUUCUCGGGCCCAGAGGGCCUGCCAAAAAGGCAGUCAGACAGUUGGUUUAUGAGUCAUUCUGUCUCUGUCUCUCCUUUUUUUUUUUGAGACGGAGUUUCGCUCUUGUUGCCCAGGCUGGAGUGCAGUGGCGCAAUGUCGGCUCACCGUAACCUCCGCCUCCCAGGUUCAAGCGAUUCUCCUGCCUCAGCCUCCCUAGUAGCUGGGAUUACAGGCAUGUGCCACCACGUCCGGCUAAUUUUGUAUUUUUCGUAGAGACGGGGUUUCUCCAUGUUGGUCAGGCUGGUCUCGAACUCCUGACCUCAGGUGAUCCGCCCUCCUCGGCCUCCCAAAGUGUUGGGAUUACAGGCGUGAGCCACUGCGCCCGGCCCAUUCUGCCUCUCUUACUGCCAAGUAUUCUAGAGCCAUCUUCCGGCUGCAGGGAAUGUGAACUGAAGAGAAAGGUGUCCUCUCUUCUCAUAAAGAGACCCAAAGACGAAUGCCCCGCAGGGUGAAGGUACGCUCGAGCAUGGUCAUUGAGGACAAGUCGACAAGAGAUCCCGAGUACGUCUACAGUCAGCCUUAUGUCUGCAGGUGUACCCAACAGCUCCGAAGAGACAGCGACCAUCGAGAACGGGCCAUGAUGACGAUGGCGGUUUUGUCGAGAAGAAAAGGGGGAAAUGUGGGGAAAAGCAAGAGAGAUCAGAUUGUUACUGUGUCUGUGUAGAAAGAAGUAGACAUAGGAGACUCCAUUUUGUUCUGUACUAAGAAAAAUUCUUCUGCCUUGAGAUUCUGUUAAUCUAUGACCUUACCCCCAACCCCGUGCUUUCUGAAACAUGUGCUGUGUCAACUCAGGGUUAAAUGGAUUAAGGGUUGUGCAAGAUGUGCUUUGUUAAACAGAUGCUUGAAGGCAGCAUGCUCCUAAGAGUCAUCACCACUCCCUAAUCUCAAGUACCCAGGGACACAAACACUGCGGAAGGCCGCAGGGACCUCUGCCUAGGAAAGCCAGGUAUUGUCCAAGGUUUCUCCCCAUGUGAUAGUCUGAAAUACGGCCUCGUGGGAAGGGAAAGACCUGACUGUCCCCCAGCCCGACACCCGUAAAGGGUCUGUGCUGAGGAGGAUUAGUAUAAGAGGAAGGCAUGCCUCUUGCAGUUGAGACAAGAGGAAGGCAUCUGUCUCCUGCCCGUCCCUGGGCAAUGGAAUGUCUCGGUAUAAAACCCGAUUGUACGUUCCAUCUACUGAGAUAGGAAGAAAACGCCUUAGGGCUGGAGGUGGGACAUGCAGGCAGCAAUACUGCUUUGUAAAGCAUUGAGAUGUUUAUGUGUAUGCAUAUCUAAAAGCACAGCACUUGAUUCUUUACCUUGUCUAUGAUGCAAAGACCUUUGUUCACGUGUUUGUCUGCUGACCCUCUCCCCACUAUUGUCUUGUGACCAUGACACAUCCCCCUCUCAGAGAAACACCCAUGAAUGAUCAAUAAAUACUAAGGGAACUCAGAGGCGGCACGGAUCCUCCAUAUGCUGAACACUGGUUCCCCGGGUCCCCUUAUUUCUUUCUCUA